AUGUUGAUGCUCAUAACAGCCUUACUUGCGUCAGCAUAUUUGGGUAUAGUUCAAGAGCGCAUGUAUACUGCGUAUGGUAAACACACAAGGGAAGCUAUGUUCGUUAUACACGGUGCAUCGUUACCGUUCUUUGCGUUCAUGGGUAACGACAUCUACAACUAUAUGCUGAAGUUCUGCAGAAGUUCACCAAUCGAAUUAUUCCACGUCAAAAUUCCACAUAUGUGGGCGCUGUUAUUCGCAGCUUGCGUUAUGCAGUAA